AUGGAUAUGGAAGAUAACGAGAAGAAUAAUGCAUCUCAUGUUAGCAAUGAUGAGGAUGAUGAAGAUAAUGACCGAAUAGAUGAAAUGAUGCGUGAUGUACAAGAAGAUUUUAGUGAAAUGCCUCAUGAAUUUAAAAGUUUGUUUGACAAUGCUGAAAAACGUUUGUUCCCUGGAAGUACUAAAUUUACUAAGUUAUCUGGUGUGCUUAAAUUAUAUAAUUUAAAAGCAAAAAAUGGAUGGAGUGAUAAGAGUUUCACAGGAUUAUUAGAACUACUAAAAGACAUGCUUCCUGGUGACAAUGAACUUCCUAAUUCAACUUACGAAGCAAAAAAAAUGUUGUAUCCUUUGAGUAUGGACAUUGAGAAGAUACAUGCAUGUCCAAAUGAUUGUAUUUUGUAUAGGAGAGAUUACAAAGACUUGAAUGUGUGUCCAAAGUGUGCAGCAUCACGUUAUAAAAACAAAGAUGCGUGUGGGAAUAAGAAAGGUCCCCCAGCCAAAGUAAUAUGGUAUUUACCUGUAAUACCAAGAUUUAAACGCAUGUUUGCUAAUCCAAGAGAGGCAACAAAUUUGCAAUGGCAUGCUAUUGGGAGAAAAGAAGAUGGAAAAUUGAGACAUCCGGCUGAUUCACCGCAAUGGAGGAAUAUUGAUAGGAGGUGGCCUGAUUUCGGUUCUGAAAAUAGAAAUCUUAGACUUGGACUGUGUACUGAUGGAAUGAAUCCUCAUGGUAACAUGAGCAGUCGACAUAGUACUUGGCCUGUUCUUUUAGUAGUUUACAAUCUUCCACCUUGGUUGUGUAUGAAAAGAAAAUAUAUCAUGUUGUCGUUGUUGAUAUCAAGGCCUAAACAACCAGGAAAUGACAUUGAUGUAUAUCUAGCACCGCUUAUUGAGGAUUUAAAGAUGCUGUGGAAUGAAGGUGUGCCUGUGUAUGAAGCUUAUAGUCGAAGCAGCUUUACUUUACGUGCAAUGAUCUUUUGCACAAUAAAUGAUUUCCCAGCAUAUGGUAACCUAUUGGGUUAUACUACUAAAGGAGCUAAGGCAUGUCCAAUUUGCGAAGAUGAAACUCCCAGUCUAUGGUUGAGUAACAGUAGAAAGAAUAUGUUCAUGAGCCAUAGGACAUUUCUCCCUACUGAUCAUCCUUAUCGGAAGAAGAAAAAGGCUUUUAAUGGAAAAUCUGAGACUAAAGUAGCUCGUUUGCCUUUAUCUGGACAUGCAAUAUAUGAAAGUGUAAAGAAUGUUGAUGCUAAUUUUGGUAAGACUUGUAAGACUUCUCAAAUGACUCCUUGGAAGAAGAGGUCUAUAUUUUGGGAUCUACCUUAUUGGAAGCAUUUAUCAGUUAGACAUUGUCUUGAUGUUAUGCAUGUCGAGAAAAAUGUUUGUGACAGCAUUAUUGGGACACUGUUGAACAUUCAAGGGAAGAUGAAAGAUGGUGUUAAGGCUAGAAAGGAUAUGAUUGAAAUGGGAAUACGGGAUAAGUUAUCACCACAAGAGUCAGGAAAGCGAAUGUACUUACCUCCAGCUUGUCAUACUUUAUCCAAAAAAGAGAAAACAAGUUUUUGUGCCUGUUUAAAUGGUGUCAAGGUUCCUUCUGGUUAUUCAUCGAAUAUUAAGAAACUUGUGUCGAUGAAGGACCUUAAGUUGGUUGGCAUGAAGUCUCAUGACUGUCAUGUAUUAAUGCAGCACAUGUUACCUAUUGCAAUUCGAAACAUCUUACCGAAACAUGUUAGACAGGCUAUUACAAAACUUUGUUUCUUUUUCAAUGCUAUUUGCAGUAAAGUUAUUGAUCUGGAUGUGUUAGAUGAUCUGCAAGCUGAUGUGGUUGUUACUUUGUGUCAAUUUGAAAUAUAUAUGGGAAUAUUAAAAGGAUAUGUGAGAAACCGGUAUCGACCUGAAGGGAGUAUAAUUGAAGGUUAUGGUGCUGAAGAAGUCAUUGAUUUUUGUACUGACUAUUUAGCUAAUGUUGAGUCUAUUGGUGUUCCCAGAUCUCGUCACGAAGGAAGACUCACCGGGAAAGGUACUAUUGGGUACAAAUCAUUUUCUCCACCUUUGCAGUUGCGAGAUAAGGCACACCAUCUCGUAUUGCAACACCUUUCUGAGGUCCAUCCAUACUUAGACCAACACAUGUCUCUUAUAAGACAACAAAAUCCUUUAAAAGGUGAAAGAUGGGUGGCAAUUGAACACAAUCGCACAUUCAUCACAUGGUUUAAAGAUACGGUGAUGAAAGAGUUAUCUCAAGUGCCAAAUAAUGUCAGUGAAACCAUCAAAUGGUUAGCAUAUGGACUUGAUUUUCUUGUGAGCUGUUAUGAAGCUUAUGACAUAAAUGGAUAUACAUUUUACACCAAACGACAAGAUGAAAAGAGUGUGGUGCAAAAUAGUGGGGUUACACAAGUAGCAUUAUCAAAAGAUUAUUCAAGUGCUAAAGAUACUAAACCGAUUGAUGCUGCUAUGUCUUAUUAUGGUGUCAUUGAAGAAAUUUGGGAACUUGAUUACAAAGUCUUUAAAAUUCCUCUAUUCCGAUGUAGUUGGGUUGAUAAUAGAAGAGGCGUUCGGAUAGAUGAAUUGGGUUUUACUUUGGUUGAUUUUGAACGAUUGGGUUAUCAUGAUGAACCAUUCAUACUUGCAUCUCAAGCAAAACAAGUGUUUUAUGUUUCUGAUCCUAUUGAUAAUAAAUGGUCAAUUGUGUUACAAGGCAAAAGAUCUAUUGUUGGUGUUGGUGAUGUUGUGGAUGAAGAAGAGUAUGAUCAUUUUGAUGAAACUCCUCCCUUUUCUAUUGGUGUUCAGUCUUUACCUUUAGAAGAAGAUAACUUUGAAAUAAGUUAUAUGCGUAGCGACCAUGAAGAAGGAUUGUGGGUUGACAAUCGGACAUCAUAA